GAAACGAAACUGGUCCUAAGGAAGCGAAACGAAGCCACAGAAGCCGCUGGGCUUUAGCCAGAGGGUUCCGUUGGAAAUCCACUCCGCUGCCUGGUCAUGGCCUCCCUCGCCCACUUCGGAUCAUGGGGCCUGGACAACUUCCACCGUGACUACCUGCAGCCCAACAAGGAGUUUCUCCAACAGGCGCGCCGAGCCAUCGACUGCAUCUGCGACUUUCUCAAGAGGCGCUGCUUCCAGGAUGCGUCCUGGCGUGGGAUUAAAGUGCUGAAGGUGGUGAAGGGAGGAUCACUGGGAAAAGGCACAUCCAUGAAAAAUGGGUCAGAUGCUGACCUGGUGCUGUUCUUGAACAUCUUCAAAAGUUACACCGAUCAGAAAAAAACCCGGAAGAUGGUCAUUGUGGAGAUUGAAAGGCGGCUCAAUGAAUGCCAGGAGUUGCUGAAUCUGGAAGUUUUCUUUGAGAAGUUCAAGUGGCCCAACCCUCGGGUGCUCCAAUUCAAGUUACAUUCAAAAGAGUCAGAUGAUUCCAUUGAGUUUGAUGUCCUGCCGGCCUACAAUGCCCUAGGCCAAUAUCAACACUCCAGGCCUGACCCUCAGAUAUACGUCGAUCUGAUACUCACAGGCAAAUGUGGCGAGUUCUCUUCCUGCUUCACAGAGCUGCAGAAGGAUUUCAUAGUGGACCGUACCACCAAGCUGAAGAACCUCAUCCGCCUGGUGAAACACUGGUACAAAGAGGUGAAGGAAAACUCAAUCCCCCCAAAGUAUGCCCUUGAGCUACUAACGGUCUACGCAUGGGAGCAAGGAAGUGGACAAACCCAGUUCAACAUGGCCGAGGGUUUCCGGACAGUGUUGUGGCUCAUUGAGAACUAUAAGGAGAUUCUUAUCUAUUGGACGGAAUACUAUGAUUUUCACAAUGAGAUCAUCAAGCAGUAUUUACAGGAGCAACUCUGUAAAAAGAGGCCAGUGAUCCUUGAUCCAGCAGAUCCAACUGCAAACUUCGGAGAGGCAAAAGGCUGGGAUCGGCUUGCAGAAAAGGCGAGAUGUUACGCUUCCAUGAAUUGCUGUCGGAACCGAGAUGGUUCUUUCGUUGAACCCUGGGAUGUGCCGCUGGCAAAGGAAGUGCCUUGGGGGGAAGGAUGGUCCUAUUGCACUUUAUUAUGAAGAGACCCCAUGUGGAUCUGAAAUGCUGGGGUGGAAGCAGCUUAAUGGCAAUGCACUUUGGCUUUUAAUACUUCUUCGGCAGCUCAACUAUAUGGGAAAAUCAGGAAUUACACUUAUAUACGACGCUAAAGAAACAAUCUGAAAUGGAUGAAGACGUGAUUUUAAAAGCCAACUUAGUUUGAGGAAUUCAUGACAUGGAAGAGAAGCCAUCAUUCAUCUAUGGUGGGAUAUGGUGGGAUCCAAGAAUGAAAUCCAUCCUAGAGUUGCAUUUGGUGACUUCCAAUUGUAGUCAUGUUUACUUUAUGUUGGUGUGUAUUUUACAUAUUCAUGUGCAGAAAUUGCAGGUAAAGGGGCUGGCUUUAAGGAAACAUAUCAUGCUGUUACUAUAUCUCAGGAAAAUUGGGCAUAGCCUGGAGAGGAAUUGUGGUAGAAAAACUAGGUAG